CACGUCCUCACCUCUUAUACUUCUCUAACGACUACCAAGAAUACAUCAGCAAUGAUGUUGAUGUUGAUCGCGGCAGUGUUCGUGCAAGUCUUCCUGACCACCGGGCAUGCUAUGUCAGUUACUGGAUUGGAUGACAAUGUAUCGGCUAUGGAGCAACUUCUGACCAUGGUUCCUGAAAGAACAACCGAUGAAAUGUACCAACAACUGCAGAAGCAAUUGAAGAUUCAUGAAGAACGAAUAGAACGAAAAGAACAACGCAAUGGACCCAGUGAUUAUGCCACUGCUGUCAACGUCAAUACACCGGAAGUCGUUGUUGGCUCGCAAGCAUACUCUAACCGUAGCAGAGUGGUCUUUACGGCAUUGAAACAAGCUGAUCAAAGCAGCAUUGGUGUGAAUCAAAGGAUAACGUUUGAGAAAGUCAUCCUGAACGUAGGGAAUGGCUAUCGCGCAAGAAGCGGGAUUUUCAUCGUACCAACCAGCGGAAUCUACAUGUUUUCGGUUACACUGACAACGACUGGGUCUGUGUACGCGGCGCUCGUACAUACCGAGGGGACGAUAGCGGAAAUCGUAUGUUAUAAUACUUACGAUUCUUGCAGCCAUUCGGUCUUCGUCAACCUCGCUGAGCAUGAUCACGUGUGGGUGGAGAACAUAAUUAACAGCGGUCGCUAUGUGUAUGGUUCCUCAAGGAGCUCUUUCAGUGGCAUUUUGGUGGCCUAGAACUGGUACAAGAAGAAAACACAACUAAGGACCCGUUUUCAUAAAGCAAUCUUUACUUCUAUACACGAUUUAAUAUUUCUGUUUCUUCUUCAGUGCUACCAUAUUUAACAUCUUGCAACGCGCCUAGAGAAGCUCAAUCAAAUUAAUUGUGGCGAAUCAAUACGUUAUAAGUUUUGUCUUAACCGCUUUAAUAGGCUUCUGAUUUAUGUUUGUUUAAUGAUUCAGACAUUGAAGUAACAUUAACAAGUGUAAACCGAUCUUAAAUUUAAAAAUCCUGUAUAUCUUACAAACAAACUUAAGAAUUUGAAUUCCUGCUUGUAUAAAUGCUUAAGUUGCUUAAGUUGCCCCUGAGGCGCUUUGUGAAUACGGACCAUGUGUUUGGUUUGAUGACAGCUUCUAUAACGCAUCUAAUACAUGGUAAACUUAUGUAUUUUACUGCUGUAUAUAAGAUACAUACAAUUAUAGUCUAGUGUAUGCUAACUUAUUGGUGUUAACUAGGGAAUGGUAAAGGAAAACGACUGUUCAAAUUAUAGCUUGAUGGCAUGAGUUAAUAUGAAGGCAGUUGCACGGUUUUCAAAAAGUCACUUUUUUGCUGGUCAAAAUUUAUUGUAUUGUACAAUUCUUGAAGAAAUCUGUAUUUCUGUAUUUCACUGUGUAAUUUGUCUUUUAUAUAACCGUUCAUUUAUGAAAAAAUAAAACAAACGUUCUUGACAUGUU